GGACGUACGUACUUGGCGGGCCGGCGUCUUGAUAAAUCCCCUCGCCAAGUCACAGUAUCACACACACACACACACACACACACACACACACAGGACACACAUCAACUUGAAAGGAGAAAGCUCCGAAGAUCCACGAACAUGUUCCUAGGGGUGCAGGCCGUCCUCAGGAGAAAUGCCGUUCCUGGGCCGGCCGCGCUGGCUCGCUUCGUCAGCCACUGUGGCUACUCCACGGCCUCCAACUCCCAAAGGUUGGCCGGGAAGGUGGCCGUGAUCACCGGUGCCGCCAGCGGCAUCGGCAAGGCGACCGCCGCGGAGUUCGUCAGGAACGGCGCCAAGGUCAUCCUCACCGACAUCCAGGACGACCUCGGCCGCGCCGUCGCCGCCCAGCUCGGCCCGGACGCGGCCUACGCCCGCUGCGACGUCACGGACGAGGCGCAGGUCGCUGCGGCCGUCGACCUCGCGGUGGCGCGCCACGGCCGGCUCGACAUCAUGCACAACCACGCCGGCGUCACCGGGCGGAUGGUCCUGGACUCCGUCGGGUCCCUCGACCUCGCCGACUUCGACCGCACCAUGGCCACCAACGCCCGGUCCGCCGUCGCCGGGAUCAAGCACGCGGCGCGCGUGAUGGUGCCGCGCCGGAGCGGGUGCAUCAUCUGCACGGCGAGCACCGCGGGGGUGCUGGGCGGCAUCAUCGCGCCCACGUACGGCAUCUCCAAGGCCGCCGUCAUCGGCGCCGUGCGCGCGUUCGCCGGGGAGCUGGGCCGCCACGGGGUGCGCGUGAACGCCAUUUCGCCGCACGGCAUAGCCACGCAGUUCGGGCUUGGCGGGCUGGCACAGCUGUUCCCGGAGGCGAGCGAGGAGGAGCUGAGGCGGAUGGUGGAGACGGGCAUGAACGAGAUGGGCGGCGGGACGGUGCUGGAGGUGGAGGACAUCGCCAGGGCCGCCGUGUACCUGGCGUCCGACGAGGCCAAGUACGUCAACGGGCACAACCUCGUCGUCGACGGCGGGUGCACGGUGUGGAAGGGGGCCAACAAGCCGGCACCGGCGCAGUAAGACACGUGGUUUACUCCGUACUACAAGUGUGCCGUAGUAGUGAGUCGACGGUGCAGAGCCCGGGCGUACUAAGUCAUUGUUGUCAUGACUAGUUGAGAUUUGAUUAGGUUGAUUAAUGAGUUGAUCCACAUCCACCAGUCAAGUGUGCCGGCAGUUAGGCUUUGCCAAACGAAGCAACGGUUGCUCGCAUGCUGGCGUUGCAAUAAAGGUGAAAAAAAAGUUUUUUUUUCGCUA